AUGGGUCGUGGGGAAACUGAUUACGCAAGGGAGGAGGGGAAGGGUAGGGUUAUGCCGCUCUCUCUGUGUAUCUCUAUCAUUUCCCUCUCUGUCCCCGUAGCCUAUCUGCAAAGCUGCGAUGCGAUGGAAGACCGAAAGAUCGUAUCCAGGUGGAGCUUGUCAGUCGAAAGGGAAGUUGCGUGCGUCGGGAACGUGGAGAGAGGGGAGUGGCCACCUCCUAAGCGAACGGGAGCAAGGACGAGAAGAGGGUUGAGGAAGGUUGGGGGAGGACGGGGAAAGAGGGGAGGAGUGAAAUUGAAACUGGACGCUCAGCGGAACCAAGGAACAAUCUCUUCCCCAAAGGAGCUCUUCUCGAGGAGGUGCGGAAUAAAAGUUAUGGUGCAAUAA